ACGUACCACCACCACGUUCUGAUCUGCACACUGGCAUAGAUCAUGGCUUCUCCUACAAUUCCCAGAUCCCCGCUCCAACGCCUCUCCACCUUCAAGAACUCUCCGUCCACGGCCACUACCACUCCCACCACUGCCACUGGAAAUGCCAAUUCCAUUCUCACCACCUUCCCUACUUCAGCACGCCUCCCCCCUACGCCAUCCGCCCUGGACACCUUCACCACUGACCCAAUUUUCUCUGCUUUCCUCUCCCCUGAUUUCAAUCCCGCCCAAUUCUCCUCCGCUGUUCUAUCCUCCGGCUCCGCUGCCUCCCGUAUUGAAAAGCUCCAGGAAGGCCUUCGUCUCCUCGAUACCCAGCUCCGCCACGAGGUCCUCUCCCGCCACCAGGACCUCCUUAACCAGCUCUCUUCCCUCAAAGCCUCGGAAUCCUCCCUCUCCUCUCUCCGCUCCUCUCUUUCGUCUCUUCAGUCCUCUCUCCGCCAAGCUCGCGCUGAACUCUCCGAUCCCCACCGCUUGAUUGCUGCACAGACCCUCCAGCUCAAUAAUUUACAUUCUACCUCUCUCCUUCUCCAGUCCACACUUCGUACUCUUCGACUGGUUCAGAAGCUCCAGAAUCUUGUUAAUUCCCAACCCGAACCGGAAAAGUGGGAUCUUUCUAAGGCAGCGCAGUUGCAUUUUGAUAUCUUAACGCUGUAUAAUGAGUCCCAUUUAUCAGGGAUUGAUGCGAUUGAUUCGGAGUUAAAAUGGGUAAUUGAGACAGGGUCAAAAAUUCGAGCCGAGGGGAUGAAAGUAUUGGAGAAGGGAUUGGAGAAUUUGAACCAAGCGGAGGUGGGGUUAGGGUUGCAAGUAUUUUAUAACUUGGGAGAGUUGAGAGGAACUGUGGAUGGGUUGGUAAGUAAGUAUAAGCAAACGGGCUUGAAGAGCAUAAGUAAUGCAUUGGAUAUGAAGGCAAUUUCUGGUGGUGGGGCGUACGGGGCUGGGAUGCCGGGUGGAGUGCAGAGGCAUGGUACGCCGCAGAUUGGGGGUGGAGGAAAGGCAAAGGAGGGACUUUGGCAAAGGAUGAGUGGUUGUAUGGACCAGUUGCAUUCCACUGUUGUAGCAGUUUGGCACUUGCAGAGGGUGUUGUCUAAGAAGCGUGAUCCAUUUACUCAUGUUCUAUUGCUCGAUGAGGUCAUGCAGGAAGGUGAUCCCAUGUUAACUGACCGUGUUUGGGAGGCUUUAGUAAAAUCUUUUGCAAGUCAAAUGAAGUCUGUUUUCACUGCAUCAAGCUUUGUAAAGGAGAUAUUUACUACAGGGUAUCCAAAGCUAUUGUCUACGAUUGAGAACCUUCUUGAAAGAAUUUCACGUGAUACUGAUGUUAAAGGAGUUCCCCCAGCUCUCAGUUUAGAAGGAAAGGAACAAAUGAUAGCUGCCAUUGAGAUUUUCCAGACAGCAUUUUUGGGGCUCUGCUUGAGUCGACUUUCUGAUCUUGUUAAUUCUGUAUUUAACAUGUCUAGCCGUGGAACUGUUCCAUCGAAAGAGCAUAUCUCAAGGAUUACAUCGCGCAUUCAGGAAGAAAUUGAAGCUGUGCAUCUGGAUGCACGUUUGACUCUUCUUGUCUUACGUGAAAUCAGCAAAGUUUUUCUUUUACUUGCAGAAAGAGCCGAAUAUCAGAUAUCAACUGGCCCUGAAGCACGCCAAAUAGCUGGUCCUGCUACACCGUCGCAGAUCAAGAACUUCACAUUAAGUCAGCAUCUGCAAGAAAUCCAUGGACGUGUAACAUCAAUGAUAGCAGGACUGCCAAGUAUCGCUUCAGAUAUUUUAUCCCCUGCUCUUGGUACAAUAUAUGGUGUUGCUUGUGAUUCAGUAACUCCCUUAUUUCAAGCGAUGCUUGAUCAUCUCGAGUCCUGCAUUUUGCAAAUUCAUGAUCAGAAUUUUGGUACUCUCAGCAUGGAUGCUGCUAUGGACAACAAUGCCUCACCUUACAUGGAAGAAUUGCAGAAGAGCAUUCUUCAUUUUCGGACUGAAUUUUUGUCCAGGCUUUUACCUUCUUCUGGCGCUAUCUCUGCAGGAGCAGAAACUAUAUGCACAAGGCUUGUGAGGAGCAUGGCGUCUCGGGUUUUAAUUUUUUUUAUUAGACAUGCUUCACUUGUUAGACCAUUAUCAGAAUCAGGGAAGCUGAGAAUGGCUAGGGACAUGGCUGAACUUGAAUUGGCAGUAGGCCAAAACUUGUUUCCUGUAGAGCAACUUGGAGCACCAUAUCGGGCCCUUCGAGCAUUUCGACCAGUUAUUUUCUUGGAAACAUCUCAAAUGGGAGACUCACCACUUCUUCAAGAUCUUCCACCAAGUGUCGUACUUCAUCAUCUCUAUUCACGGGGCCCCGAAGAUUUGCAAUCACCUCUGCAAAGGAACAAGCUUACACCUGUCCAAUAUUCGCUGUGGAUGGAUUCUCAAGGGGAGGAUCAAAUUUGGAAAGGUAUCAAAUCAACUUUGGAUGAUUAUGCUGCAAAGGUAAGGGCCAGAGGAGACAAGGACUUCAGUCCUGUUUACUCUCUGAUGCUGCAACUGGGGUCAUCGUUAAGAGGGAAUGAAUCAUAAACCUUUUCAAGCAUAAUAAUCUGUCCAUAAAUCUUCUCCUCCACCAGAUUUGCCUUCAAAAUAUCACUAUAGGUGGUGGUACACAUUCAAUCAUCUGAUUUCUGUCUUUACCUUCUAUACCUCGUAUUAUUUCGCAAUUCUGUUUUGGGAAUCAUGUUCUUGAUUAUUUCAUUUGUAACAUCAUUGUCCUUAAAUUGAUCAAACAAAAUGAUAUGGUGGAUAGCAAGUUCUUCAAAAUCCGUUCAUCAUUAAACCGUGAAUCCAAAGUGCCUUAUUCCCCAUCUAAAGUCAGAAUAUUGUUUUCUAUAUCAUUGGAGCAUUGCAAUGGGAAACCUGGAUUUAAUAUGUGGGACAUAUACAAAUGACCAAUGAUCUAUUGCAGUUGUAUGCAUUUAUUGGAAAGAAAUGAACCAUAACAUUGAUCUAUUAGAAAUUGUAUGAAUUUUUUUUUCUUUUUUUAGAUCCUCCUUUUAUGGCCUAUAGUUCUGUACUGUUUAAAUUUGUAGAGAUCGACUGAAAGAUAACAAGAGAAUGACUCCUUGAGGUGACACUACCCAAGAUGGCUGCCUGAAGUCGUUGGCUUGUAUAUUUCCAAGAGGCUGGAUAUUUUGGUGAUCACAUCGAAAUCAGAACAAAAUUGUGGCUUUUUUCUAUUAAAACUUAAUAUUCUUGUUUGGAAUGUGAUAGAUUUGUAUCAGGUUCA